GUAUAAAGGCAUCAUACGCCAUGGCAGAGACUGAUCUGUUAGAAAUGAACAACUACAAAUCCAUCAUCCAAAACGUGGCUCGUCAGAAAGGACUUGAUCCAGCGCUCAUUGCUGCCAUCAUCUCCAGAUCAUGCAGGGCUGGAAAGACACUGAGAGCAGGCAGGGGGUGCUUUGACACCUAAGGGCUGAUGCAGAUUGAUGUUAAUCCAAAGGGAGGUGGACACAUCGCAAGAGGCCGAUGGGACAGUGAGGAACACCUCUGCCAAGCCACCGACAUUCUGAUUCAUUUCAUAUUACGCAUAAAGCAUGCAUUCCCUGACUGGAGCAAGGAGCAGCAGCUGAAAGGAGGGAUAGCAGCCUACAAUGCAGGGGAUGGGAAAAUCCACUCCUAUGAAGAGGUGGAUGCCAAAACCGCAGGUGGAGACUACUCCAAUGAUGUUGUUGCCAGAGCUCAGUGGUACAGAAACUAUGGUGGCUUUUAAAACCUGAGGCUGUCCACACACUCUUGAACAUCAUGUAUGAAACCAUGUUUGUAAUAAGGGCAAUAA